AACAUUCAUAACUCUCAACACACAACACACUUAGAAGAUGUCCCAAUGAGCACUGACCCUGAUGACUAUGCAACUCACAAUUACCCAGAUUUUGUUCAUAUGGCAUUUGACAUGUGGGGGCCAACCACAGAUGACUUCGAGGGCACAGCUAAAAUGUUUGGACUUGGCCCAACAUUUAUGGACAAAUUUAAUGGUGACCAGUUCAGCAACCUAUGGCCAUCAAAUCUGUACUACCCCUUCAACUCCCACAAUGAAUGGGAGCUGGCAUUGUGGUUACUUCAUUCAGGCCUGAGCAUGAGAGCUAUAGACUCUUUCUUGUCAUUGUCAAUUAUACAGCUACUAAAGAUUUCCUUUCAUACAGCCAGAGCACUUCAUGGGCUGGCUGAGUUACUCCCUGGCAGGCUGUGCUGGUGCUCAAUGGAGAUUACUCCUUUGCAGCCAACCAAACACCCUGUGCACUUGUACUGGUGCAAUCCCCUGGAAUGCAUUGUGUGGCUCCUCAACCACCCUUUGUUCUCUGACCAGCUCAAUUUCAUUCUGAGGCAUGUAUACAAAAUGCCUGAGAAGCUUUGUAGGGUGUAUACAGAGUGGAUGACUGCUGAUGAUGCUUGGCAUAUGCAGUCACAGCUUCUGAGCAGAGUGACUCUUCUUGGCAUGAUACUUUCUUCAGACAAGAUGAAUAUUACUACUUUAUGUGGUGGUAGAGUUGCUCAUCCACUUCUCAUCAGCCUAGCAAAUAUC